AUGUCCACUCCCAAUGGCAAGACCGUGGAUGAGCAGGUGGUCGGUCGACCAAAAGGAAAAGGUCCCAAAAAAAUUAAACUUGUUUCUGGACUUACCUCCUUUCCGCGCGAAAUUCUCGCCCACUUCGAUGCCCUGGAGAUGCUCGAUCUUUCCAGCAACCCUUCUCUUUCACAGCUCCCAAAAGACAUCUCCCGGCUUCACAAGCUUAAGAUAGCCUUCUUUUCUAAUUGCAGCUUUACCGUUUUCCCCAAGGAGCUUGCGCAAUGCCGAUCUCUUGAGAUGGUGGCUUUUAAGGAAAACCGCAUGACCACAAUCCCAGAAUUCGCAUUUCCUCGAAAACUGCGCUGGUUAAUUCUCACGAAUAAUGAGAUAACGUCUCUCCCUGCUAGCAUCGGCGAAUGCCAUCGCCUUCAGAAGUGUAUGCUAGCAGGGAACCGGUUGACAAACUUACCAACUGAGAUGGCAUAUUGUCGGAAGCUUGGCUUGUUACGUCUGUCUUCUAAUAAGCUUGCAGAGCUUCCGGAAUGGCUGUUUGAGCUUCCCGAGCUCUCGUUUCUGUCAUUCGCAGGAAACCCAUGCAUGCGGGGUUUCUACGACAAUCCAGUCCUGAACGAUAUUUCCUGGAAGGAAUUGGAGGUUCAACACCUACUCGGCGAAGGGGCGUCGGGGAUUAUCUCUAAAGGAACUUGGAAAGGGGAAUCCGAAGAAAGGCCGGUUGCCAUCAAGCUUUUCAAGGGCGAAGUAACGAGCGAUGGCUCCCCAGCCGAUGAGAUGGAUGCCUGCAUUGCAGCUGGCAAGCAUCCAAGCCUCAUAGAUCCGAUAGGGAAGAUCCAGGGGCAUCCAGAUAAGCGCGGCCUUGUUUUAGAGCUCAUCCCUCCGCAUUAUCAAAACCUCGGUCUCCCACCUACCCUUGAUAGUUGCACGAGGGACUCAUUCCUUCCUGAGACCGUCUUUUCUGUCGUGACCUGCAAGAACAUGCUACUCGGCAUCGCCAGCGCGGCAGAACACCUCCAUGCGCGGGGAAUCAAGCACGGAGACUUGUAUGCGCAUAAUAUCCUACUCGAUAAAUCAUCCGGCCACGCGCUCCUUGGGGACUUUGGCGCUGCUACUAUCUACGGAAGGGAGCAUGAAAAGGCCGAGAUGAUCGAACGGAUGGAAGUCUUUGCUUUUGGACAUUUGGUGGAAGAUUUACUGGGGCUGGUGGAACGAGUGAUUGGUGACGAGGGCCUUAUUGACAGCAAGAAGGACGCGUAUGCUAUUGAGGCGUUGAAUUUGUUGCAUUGGAAGUGUACCCACCCUGUUGUAAUGCAGAGACCUAAUUUUGCAGAGGUGAAGGAGGAAUUGGAAGGGUUUUGA